AUGAAUAUUCCUGCUGCUCUGCAAGAGCAGCAGCAGAACAACCAAGAGCUGCUGCGCACUAUAGAUCUGUUGAAUACAUCGUUGCGGGAGCAGCAGCAGCAGCUGCAGCAGCAGCAGCAGCAGCAGCAACUGCUGCAGCAGGAGUAUGCUGAGCUGCAGCAGGAAGGACAAACCCUCUCCAAUCGACUCGGUGCAGCAGACGCAACCAUCAAGAAGCUGCGGGCCCAGUGUGAUGCCUACAAAGCACUGAAAGCAUCACACGAGCAGCUGGCAGCAGAAGCAGCAGCAAAAGAAAAAGUUGUAUCGCAGCUUGAAGCAAAGAAGCAAGAAGCACAAGUGCUGCAGCAGCAGCAGCAGCAGCAAAAGCUGAGAUGA